ACACUGCAAAAAAAGACUUCAAAGUGAACAAGGGGAGAAUAAGUUUAACACAAAGGAAGAGGAGGCUGUAGGAGAAAACUAGAGUAGAAAAAGUGUACUCAAGAUAGAGACUGGAAAUAGAAGAGGUUUAGGGUCAAGAGAACCCACCAAAGAAGUGGUCAAUAGACUUUCAAGAAGGGUGAAUCAAACCACAAGGUGGGCUGUGACUCAAGAGAGUGGGGAACAGAAGUGCAAAAGGAAUUCGUUUUUUUGAAAGAAGAGGAAGAAGCUUAAAGGGAUAGGAAAAGAGUGCUUCAUAUGAAACCGAGAUCGCAAUAGGCAAUGGUGACCACGUUCAACGGAGAAGCUCAACAUUAAAGUACUGAAGUUGUGUAAAACGUCAUGAGAAGAUUACAAGGGUCCAAAAGACGAGACUGAGAGAAUUAAAAAAGAAACAACAAAAAUAAAAAGAGAACAUCGAAGAUUACAGACAAGUGUACUUGGUUUUAAAGAUGGCUGGCAUAAAGAUAUCAAGUGGGGAGUACAUUGACUCAUCUUGGGAACUGAGGAUCUACUUUGAGGAUCUGGGUGAGGAAUCUGACCCUGUGACAUUACGAGUGACAGGGGACAUUCACAUUGGAGGAGUCAUGAUGCAGGCUGUGGAGAAAAUAGGAGUUUCCCAAGACUGGUCAGACCACGCUCUCUGGUGGAAGCAGAAAUGUCAGUGGCUGCUGAAGACAAACUGGACCCUUGAUAAAUAUGGCAUCCUGGCUGAUGCUCUCCUGUAUUUUAAGCGACAACACCGGCCAAUCAUCCUAUCCCUGCCCAGCCAGCGUUCUCUGCGCAUCCGCAUCUGCUUUUCCAGUACAACCUUCAGUGCCUGUGCUGAAGUCUGCAAGGUGCUGGGAAUCAGACACCCAGAAGAGCUUUCCCUCCUGAGAGCACCUGAUGAGAAGAAGAAGAAAAAGGCAAAAGAUGCUGUGACUCAGGAAAUCUUUGACCUUACUUCCCUACAGCCAAAUACUGGGUCUUCAUUUCAGUUCAUGCAUGGGGUCCCAGCACAUUUUACUGUUAGUCCUGAAGCGAUGGAGAAUUACAGAGCUCUGUCCAUCUGUCACACAGGACUGACACCAGAGGACAUACAGAAGAGAUAUAAACCUAUUUCUGUAACUGACAAAACACUGGUACAUGGCAGGUGGCUUGACUCCUCCAAGUCUCUGAUGCAGCAAGAAGUGCAAGAAGGAGACCGACUCUGGUUGCAAUAUAAAUAUUACACUUUCUAUGACUUGGACCCAAAGCUGGAUGCGGUUCGUAUUAAUCUACUGUAUGAGCAGGCGCGAUGGGCGGUGCUUCUGGAAGAGACAGAGUGCACAGAGGAGGAGAUGAUGGUGUUUGCAGCUCUCCAGUACCAUGUGAACAAGCUAUCGGUGACCUCAGACCCCAUGGAUAUGCCACAAGACCCUGCACUACAUGACCUGGAGGAGGCGCUGUCGCAUCUGGAGGUUAAACUGGAUGUGACCAUUCCCAGUGAGACGGAGACGCUGGAGGGUAUCCAAGAUGAACCGGAACUGCAGGAAUAUCUACGUGUGUUCAGACCUCGGAAAAUGACCCUGAAGGGAUAUAAACAGAACUGGGUAAUGCUAAAAUGUACCAACAUGUCGUUUUAUAAAACCAAAGAGGAGGUGAGAGGAGAACCACUACUCCUGCUCAGUCUGAAAGGUUGUGAAGUUAUUCCAGAUGUUAAUAUUUCCUCUCAGAAGUUUUGUAUACGGCUCCUUGUGCCAUCACCAGAAGGAAUGAAUGAAGUUUAUUUGCGUUUUGAUGAUGAGAAUAAAUAUGCCCGCUGGAUGGCUGGUUGUCGCUUAGCAGCUAAAGGGCGCGGCAUGGGUGAUUCUUCAUUUGAUAGUGAGGUGCAAAGUAUCCUGUCAUUCAUCAGCCUCCAGAAAUCCAGUACCAAUUCAUCCAACUCCACAGUCACAGAUACCAUCAACAUGCAUGCACUGGUGUCACCAAGGUACCAGAAAAAAUUAAAACCCAAACAGUUAGCCCCCCGUAUCCUGGAUGCGUAUCAGAACAUAGCACAACUGUCUCUCAUAGAUGCCAAGCUGCGUUUUAUUCAGGCCUGGCAAUCACUUCCCGAUUUUGGGAUUUCAUACUUCCUUGUCAGAUUUAAAGGAGCCCGUCGUGAUGAGAUUUUGGGCAUUGCCAGUAAUCGGUUAAUCCGAAUUGAUCUGAGUGUAGGUGAUGUGGUGAAGACAUGGAUGUACAGCAACAUGAAGCAGUGGAAUGUCAACUGGGACAUCCGACAGGUUUCCAUUGAGUUCACAGAACAUAUAAAUGUGGCCUUUACCUGUGUCUCUGCUCCUUGUAAAGUGGUCCACGAGUACAUAGGCGGCUAUAUCUUCAUGUCAACGCGGGGUAAGGAUGGAAGGUCAAAUCAACUCAACGAGGAGCUCUUCCACAAGUUGACUGGUGGCCACGAAGCUCUUUGAUCUUUUUAACUAUUAUUUUUUUCCAUCACUUGACCAUCAAGUUCACAUGGAUGGCUCAAAACCUUUACUACCAGGUUUAUUUAUACUCGUUAUCCUACACCUCAGGAAUUGUAUGAGUUCCUGUACCAUCUGCACUCUUCCACAAUGUUGGUGUCUUUUAAUUGCAUUACUGAUCCAUGAUAUUUUGUAAAACAGACUGAUUGCUUCAAACCAUCAGCAGGAAAGACAAUGAUAGUGGAGGAGUCUACACAAACCCCUCAAACCCUUCUAAUGUCACAUGCCAUUUAUAUUUUUAUUGCUUCACUUAUGUUAGUCAUUUUAGUUUGUAUGUAUGACUGUGAUUAAAAGUGUUAUUGAUAAUGGAAACUAAUCCUUAUGGCAAUCUAUUAAAGGGAUACUAAAGCCAAA